CAGAGAAGGCAUAGAAGCAAGGUGGGUUAUGCAACUCCUUCCAUGGUCUUUCAUCUUGUUCAUAUCAUAGCUUACAAUACUGCAAGGGUUUGUAGGAAACCAAAUUUGUCUUCCAAAUUUCAUAAAAAUUCAUUAGUUUUCUUAUAAAUUUUCAAAAGUUCUAAUUUUGUCUUGUAGCGAGAACGAGCACGGGAAUUCUUGAGGAUCAACUCCCAGCAAAGAGUCUUAUCAGACCUAUUCAUCACACAAAGAGUCCCAAAUUGAGGAAGAAAAGAACACUUCAUCAGGAGACAUCACAUAUAACGAAAAUAACGAAGCUGUUUGUGUUAAGCAUGAAAAACCAAUUGAGGCCUUCUGUGAAGAAGACAGCUGCCCUGUCUGUAUCACCUGAAUCCUCUCAAACGAACACAAAGGCAAGACUCUCUAUUCCAUCGACAAGGCAAUCGACAUGCAAAUCACUCACAUCGGGUCUGAAUACGAAAAAUCGAAUAAAAUCCGAGAAACCUUACAAAAACAAAAGAAUGAGGUUGUUGAAAAAUUCAACAGUCUAAUUGAAUCAACUAGCUCGAAGAAAACCGAUAUUCACACUUUCUUCAACUCAAUUAGAGAAAUCAUCGACAAACAGGAAGAGAAACUUGUCAAAGAAGUUAACGAAAAGCUAGAAAACACCAAUACACAGAUGAACAAAUAAGCUAGAGGUCUUCAAUCUCCAAGAACAAAGUUUAGAUAAAAUAAAAGACAUGCUUAAUAUUGAAAUCGAAGAGAAUAUCAAAUCUAAAAUCAUGUUCCUUAACGACUGUGGUGUCAGAAAUGAAAUUAUCACUAAAGCCAAUAAGCCGAUUGCUUCGAUCAAGUACCCACAACCUCCCACUAAGCUACGAGAAGAUAGAGAGACAGAGGAGAUCAUCAAAGAAAUCAAACAGAGAAGUAAGCCAGCUCGAAAAAGAGCUACUCCUGCCCAAAAGAAAGCUAGUAAUACCCCUGCUGUUAGCAAGAACAAGGUCAAGGAAACCCCUGAUAAUUUUUCCCAGUCAAUGAAGGUAUCUAAAAAGGCUUCACCUGAUAAGAACAAAAUGAUCAAGUCACCUCAGACCCAUGAAAAUGCCAGCAAGAAUACUAAACGAAAAUCAGAGAUAAUAAAAGCCAAGAAAAUGAGCGACCAGCCAAAGCCCAGCGCCAAUGCUUCUAGAAAACCAAAACAAAUCGAAUCUAAAAGAGAACCACCAAAAGUGAUCAAAGAAGCACUUCUUCGACAACAUGAAUCUGUAGAAGAUCAACUCAAUAUGGAAAAUCUCCUGAAUGAGAAAAGAGAGAAAGAGACGACGGAUACUCCCCAGAAGAACUUUCAUAAAUUUUUGACCAACCAAAACAAAGAGUCACAGCAAGAAUAUGUACCCUCCCCUCCUAAAGAAGCUCCUAAGAGAAAUGAUGGUUUAACAGAGAGACAAGCAAGAAGAAAUCUUCCUGAUGAAAGUACCAGCGCAAAGAAGCAGAACCGACUAGGCUCAGCUAGCAGAAAGAUGUGGGACAAGAAGCCCCAUCCUAAUGAUAGAGCCCAUCGAGGAGCUGAAAGACCUCAGCCAGGACAUGGAAAAGGAGUAAAUAUCUCCAAAAAUAAGCAGAAAAUACAGAAAGACACACCUAAUCAGGAGCAAGGGGAAAACAGAGCCCAAGAAGAACCAGCAUACAAAGACAAACUAGCAGAACUUCGUAAUAGAAGAAAGGCUCAAAAACGUGAAAAUAAUGAUUAUCUAUCUGAAGAAUUUAAACAUCAAAUGAACGAACUUGAACAAGUCACAUCAAAUAUUCUUUCUAGGGAGACAUUCAUGCUUGCCGAAGCACAAGAUUACGAGGAUAUGUAUCAACAAGAAGAACAAUAUGUAAAACAAACUCCACCUCAAAUGGUUAGCCUCCACGAUUGGGACCUCGUAGAUAUAUCUCAAGACCCCGAAAAUCUAAUUCUCGAAGGAAAAGAACCCAUCCAUAGACAUGUAAGUGAGAACUUGAAAAGCGGUAGAUCAGCUCACCAUCCAAACUUGCUAAAACGGAAGAAAUAA